AUGGCGCCCAAGAAGGCCGAGAAGACGAAGGCCGACAAGGCCGAAAAGGCGGCCAAAGCGGUAAAGACCAACGUUGCCAAAAAGGCACCCAUGGUGGCGCGAGUAUUUCUGUUAUUUUUCAAGCAGAAGGUGAAGAAGAUCCGAACCAAGGUUCGCUUCUACAAGCCCAAGACCUUGGAAAAGGCCAGGAAUGGCAAAUACCCUCGAAAGUCCGUGGAGUCUCGAGGGGACAAGCUGGACAAAUACCGCAUCAUCCAGUGCCCUGUGACCACAGAGUCCGCCAUGAAGAAGAUUGAGGAGAUCAACACUUUGGUGUUUUUGGUGGAUGUCAAGGCCACCAAGCCCAAGAUCAAGGACGCUGUGAAGCAGCUCUACGAUGUGAAGUGCGCCAAGGUCAACACCCUCAUCCGCCCUGAUGGGAAGAAGAAGGCUUACGUUCGCUUGACCCAGGACUAUGAUGCCCUGGACGUGGCCAAUCGCAUUGUUCCCGUCGCACGCAGCAUGGCGCCUAAGAAGGCCGACAAGGCCAAGGCCGACAAAGCCGAGAAGGCGGCGAAAGCGGUGAAGACCAGCGUUGGCAAGAAGGUGAAGAAGAUCCGAACCAAGGUUCGCUUCUACAAGCCCAAGACCUUGGAAAAGGCCAGGAAUGGCAAAUACCCUCGAAAGUCCGUGGAGUCUCGAGGGGACAAGCUGGACAAGUACCGCAUCAUCCAGUGCCCUGUGACCACAGAGUCCGCCAUGAAGAAGAUUGAGGAGAUCAACACUUUGGUGUUUUUGGUGGAUGUCAAGGCCACCAAGCCCAAGAUCAAGGACGCUGUGAAGCAGCUCUACGAUGUGAAGUGCGCCAAGGUCAACACCCUCAUCCGCCCUGAUGGGAAGAAGAAGGCCUACGUUCGCUUGACCCAGGACUACGAUGCUCUGGACGUGGCCAAUCGCAUCGGCAUCAUCUGA